GGUAGUAGUCGCUGAUGUUAUUUACAGCUAAAAGUAGUAGCAGACAGGUGUAUUCGCAUUUCACUAUUCUGUCUGUGGUUAGAAUGCACCACUCUGCACAUUGUAUAGUCCCCAUCCAUAUCAUGCAAACGUAUUGUAGUUACUAGGUGUUUUACAGUAAGUUCUACAGACGAUAAGCAGAGCCUGUAGUGAUUCAUACGCACACACCGUCCAAAGGUAUUCAAUAGGUACAUCAAACAAUAUGGUAUGGGUGAAGCCGCAGGAGGUGCUGUUAUCACUACCCCUCUGGGUGACCACUCGUAGCAGCGAGUAUUUCUCUAUGCAGCACAGACGAGGUAGUGCUGAGGCUCAGACUCAGCAAACCCAGCCAACAGGUUUUUUUAAGUCAAUAGUUAAUAGCGUGGUAGGUACGGUGGACAAUGUAUUCGAUAGCACAGCCGCGCCGUUCCGGAUUAUUCUGUGCACAGUCAACAGUGACGUCAGCUUUGUGAUAUCUGUGGCAGAUGACGCCGACGAGAUUGAACGUGAUUGGCUGUGGCUGAAGGAGUACAUGUGGCCGGUAAGGCUUACUGGUUUACGUAGAUGAAUACUAUGCAUAUAUACAUACAUAAUAU